CCUUGUCUAAACCCUAGCUCUCCUCCGUCUCGGCCAUGGCGAAGACGAAGCCCAUGGCGGCGGCGGCGGCUGCGGCUGCCAAAAAGCAGAGCAAGAAGGGCAAAGGUAGCAUCAAGGGAAAGAAUGGCCCGGCAGCUGUGGCCAUGAAGGCUCGCGGGGCGGCGGCGGCGGAGCGGAGCAACCCCUUCGAGGCUAUCUGGUCGCGCCGCAAGUUCGAUGUGCUCGGCAAGAAGCGCAAGGGUGAGGAGAGACGCACCUCCCGCUCCCGCUCCGAGGCUAUCCACAAGCGGGAGAACACUCUGCUCAAGGAGUUCGAGCAGAGCGCCAAGUCGUCAGUCUUCCAUGACCGGCGGAUCGGCGAGAGGGACGAGACGCUGCCUGAGUUUGAUAAGGCUAUCCUCCGUCAACAGCGAGAGCACAUGGCAAAGUUGAAACGAGUAAGCAAAUACAAUCUGUCCGAUGGAGAGGAAGACGAGGAUGACAUGCACCAUUCUCGCAUGGUUUCGGGAAAUGAUGAUUUCGAUGAAGAGGUGCCUCUUGGUGAUGAUAGUGAUGAAGAAGGUAAAAGUACCCUCUCAAAAAAGCGCUUAUCUCUUCAUAAUGGUGACCUUCCUUCAGAAAUUGAUCGGCCUGAAGAAACACAUGGUCAUAAGAGCAAGAAGGAAGUUAUGUCUGAGAUCAUUUUGAAGAGUAAAUUUUACAAGGCCCAAAAAGCCAAGGAAAAGGAAGAGGAUGAGCAUCUUGUUGACAAGUUAGAUAGUGACUUCGCAUUGUUGGCCCAGACGCCAGCACUUCUAUCUCUGACCGAGUCAGCUCGAGCGAAUGCACAUAAAGAUAGUUCGAGUACAACAAUCCAUCAAGGUUCAUCUGGUCUGACUGGAAAGGAGUUUUCUAACAAGGAAAAGCCAGACGCAUAUGACAAACUGGUGAAAGAAAUGGUGAUGGAUCAACGUGCUCGCCCGUCGGACAGGACAAAAACCCCUGAAGAACUAGCUCAGGAAGAAAAAGAACGUCUAGAGAAGUUGGAGAAGGAACGUCACAAACGAAUGACAGGAACUGCUGAGUCCUCUGAUGAAGAUGAUGACGAUCAUGACGAGGGUGAUCACCAUUUGAAGGUGGAUAACUCAAAAUCUAUAUCUGGUGAUGAUCUUGGUGAUUCCUUCUCUUUUGACAAAUCAGCAAAAAAGAAAAAUGGAUGGGUUGAUGAAAUUUAUGAGAAGGAAGGUAGAAAGAUAGGUGAAGAUGUAGCAUCUGGUGAUGAAGGAAGUAGUGAAGGUGGUGAGGAUGAGGAUGAAGAUGGGGAUGAAGAAGAAGAUGCUGGUGAUGAAGAGGAUUCAAGUGAUAACGACUUUGUUAAUAUGCCGGCAAGAGACUGGGAGCAAAGUGACGACGAUGAGAUUGCAGUAGAAGAAGAUGGAAAUGACAAUGCCAAAGAGAGAGAACAAGUUAUGGAGGACAAAUUACUGAAAACAAAUGCACACAAUUUGAAGAGGGUAUCUAAUGCAAAGCAACCACAUACCAAGGAUGACGAUCUUCCCUUCGUGAUAGAAGCACCAAAUAACUUACAAGAUCUAUGCUCCUUGGUAGAUGGUCGUUCAGAAACUGAAAUCGUUGAGCUUAUAAGUCGGAUACGUGCUUGCAAUUCAAUAAGGCUUACAGCUGAAAACAGAAAGAAAAUGCAAGUUUUCUAUGGUGUUCUCCUGCAGUACUUUGCAGUUUUAGCUACUAAAAGUCCAGUGAAGUUCAAAGUAAUUGAGACCCUUGUUAAACCCUUAAUUGAGAUGACUGGAGAGACUCCAUAUUUUGCUGCCAUCUGUGCGAGGGAACGACUUGUCCAUACACGUACUCGUCUAUGCGAGGACAUCAAGGUUCCAGGAAAAAGCAGCUGGCCUAGUUUGAAGACAUUGCUUCUCCUGAGGUUAUGGUCUCUUAUGUUCCCCUGCUCUGACUUCCGGCAUGUUGUAGCAACUCCAAUGCUUCUACUUAUGUGCGAAUAUCUGAUGCGAUGCCCUAUACAAUCUGGCCGAGAUGUAGCUGUCGGUUCUUUCUUGUGCUCCAUGGUGCUUGCGGCUACUAAAGAAUCUAAAAAGUUUUGCCCUGAAGCUAUUAGUUUUCUGCAAAGCCUUCUGGUAACAUCACUUGAAGGAGAAGUUGGCAAUCAAAUUAAUGAUCAGUUUAUGGAGCUCAAGACAUUGAAACCAUGGCUUCAUAUUAGUGAGCAAGUGCAGGAGGUGAAUCGUAUGAAUAUCAUUGAAGUCAUGAGCAUGGAUCCUGAUUCCCCAUUUUUCUCAUAUGAUAAUUUCAAGACUGGUGUACUUCUAUCUUUGGUUGAAUGUCUGAGGGGCUUUGUAAUUAUACAUGAAGAGCUCCGCUCUUUUCCAGAAAUUUUCAUGCCCAUCUCUUCUCUGUUGCAACAAAUUUUGGAAAAAUCUGACUUACCUGGCCUGUUAGGAGAACUUCUUCAUGAAGUUAUUGGCUUCAUUAAGAAGAGAAGUGCUGAACAUUAUGCUUCAAGAGAGCCACUCCAAAUGCGAAAGCAGAAGCCUGAACCAAUCAAGCAGCUGAAUCCCAAAUUUGAGGAGAAUUACAUAAAGGGUCUUGAUUAUGAUCCUGACCGAGAAAGAGCACAACUGAAGAAGCUGAAGAAACACCUGAAGAGUGAGAGGAAGGGGGCAGUACGUGAGCUUCGUAAAGAUAAUCAUUACUUGACUGUUGUGAAGGAGAAGGAUAGGAUAAAACAUGAGCAAGAGAGGACUGAAAAGUAUGGAAAAGCAAUGGCUUUUCUUCAAGAACAGGAAAGUGCUUUUAAAUCUGGGCAGCUGGGAAAAGGCAAAAAAAGGAGGCGGUGACAUUUCUCGGUAUUUAUCCAGUGUAAAUAUAUUUAUCAUGUUGCUAUCGCAGUUCAAUUUGUUCCUGGGUACUUGAGAUAGAAUUAAGCAAUGUACCUGGCGACCUUUGCAUGCCUCAUUUUAACUGCCUUUGCAACUUAAAGUUUAGGACACGCCGGAACACAAAAGUAGAUGGCCAAGAUACCCUUGUUACCAUAUGGAGUAUUACCUUGCAUAAAGGCUGCAGUGGAACUAUAUGUAGCCAUCUGCAAUGUGCGUAACACUUGGCAUAACUUCGACCAAACACUGGUGUGGCUGGAGGGUUAUUUCUUGUGCGCUCAAUAAUGAGUUGCUCUGCUGUGCUAUAAUCAUGUAAUAGUCGUAAUUUAAUGUAGCACAGGAAGGUUUUUUGUUCUCUUUUUCUUGACUUGUAUGCAGAUUCACUUGCCAGAUCUAUCUGAACAAACAUAAAUUUGUACCUGUCAUUUUUCCCAAAUUAAUGGAACGUCCUACAUUCAAAUUAAAA